AUGCCAAAUGCUAUGAGUCCCUCCUUUUUGGAGGCUUUUAGCAAGCAGCUUGGCGAGAAGCCGUUGGGAUCAGUGGAGAGCCCAAAGGUUAUAAAUGGGCAAGAAGUUUGUACCUUGAUUCCAGGUAUAUUUGGUCUUUCCAUUCAGCUGGUUCUCUGCAUCAUUUCCAUCGCUAUGCUGCUUUUAAAGUACCAGUUUGAAUACCCAAAGAGGCCACUUAAAGUGUUUCUGAUGGAUUUUAUACAACUAAUGUGCGGAUCGUCCACAGUUCACGUAUUGAACAUUUUGUCUUCAAUUAUGAUAAACAAGCUACAUACGGCUACCACCUCAUUUGUUUCUGACGAGUGCAAUUUGUAUUUUAUAACCACAAUAUUUGAUGCGACGAUUGGUGUAUAUAUAGAGUAUAAAAUUAUAAAGUAUCUGGCCAUUAAAAGGGCUGCCCAAAAUUAUCUCACAAAGAAUAGAAAGUCUAAAUUUACACCAAAUCUACAAGAGCUUAGAGACGCAACGGAACUCGCUAAAUAUUCAAUUUAUGAAACACAAACCACGGGAUUUUUGGAUAAUGCAAGUGUUCACAGCAAUUCCAUUGCUCAAGGGGCCAAGAGAGACAUCUCCAUUGCGACUGAUUCCCAUAUUGGAGUUACACUUGAUACAUUUAGAUCAUCAACCACAGAGCAGUCUGCUAUAUCUAUGCACAUAUCAUAUGAUAGUGAUGGAUUUGCGAGUGCCUCUCUGGGCUCUGAUGGCAGUGGGUCCAUGUCUAGACUUUUAAGCUCCGAUGGAAGUUCAGGGGUUCCCAGGCUUUCAUCAAGAAUACCUGCUGCUGUAACAAUUGACACGUUUUCAGAAGAGUAUAUGGAUGAUAAUGCCCUAAAUGAUCCGGAGGAUCAGGAUAAUCUCAUUAGUGACCUGGAUGGCGAACCAGAAAGUAUAAACAAAAUUGAUGCUCUUUUAAAGAGAUAUUCAACUGUAUACAAUUUAUGGAGCAGAAAGAAAGGGAAUAGAGAAUUCUUGCUGAAUCUAUACACUUGGAUUACAAUUGUCUCUGGAUUGAAGAUUGUUUCGAUUUUCUUUUUCGCAUUAUUCUCAUAUCACAUCAACCUCAUUUCAUCGUAUAUUCUACACCCCUUCAAUCACUCACACAAGCUGAAACUUAUUUUUGUGAUGAUUAUAUCACCGUUAUUUCUCAAUGUGUUUCAGUAUUACGCAACAGACUCUAUUAUAAAGAUUAAGAUUCCCCUUAAUCAUUAA